AUGGCCAUGGCUGGAUCCAGGUGGAUGAUGCUCGACCGCUUUGUCUUCCACAGGGAUGACGAGGAAGAGGGCAGUCCCUUCCUAGACGGAUCCAAGGCGCCUUUGAGGGCAAGUUCGCACACCUCUCUUGGCAAGAAGUUUGACAUCCUCUUCCUCCUUGCCGAGCCCCCGGCCAUCUCCCGCUUCUACAUGCAGUGGCCUGACGGUACAAAGUCGGAGGAUGCCAAGGGAACCGAGCUCGUGGCCGCCCACCGUGAUCUGGUUCUCUUCAGGCAAACUUCUUUUGGAAGAUUGGGCAAGGACGGUCGCUUACCGAUCAUACAAGACCACUUUAUCUGUGUAGCGUCGUGUGAGACUAAGCCGUCCUUGCAGCUCAAACGGCUCCCUGUCUGCAACAAGCCAAUGAUCUUCCGUUUUGAAGAGGGAGAGGAGAAGACAGUGAGUCUACAGCGUGUGUUCCUCCCGCACACUGUAGGACUCAUCCAAGGCCAUGGCGGAAGCGUUGAAGCGGAAUUUGCAGUGGCGCAGCUGGCUAUGGUCAGCGAAAUACCUGGCACGCUCAAGAUGGAAGCAGAAGUUUGUGUGUUCCGCUCACUUGUAUCUGGUAAUGAUUGUGAUGGCAAAUGGGAUGUGAGGAAGAUACCAAUUGACCAUAAGGAGGAUGAGCAUAAGGAGUUAUACUAUUGGUCAACUGAUGCUGUCAUCAGAUUCAACUCUUACAUUUGUUGGAUCAACUACUACAGAGGCGGUAUGCUAGCUUAUGACGUACUUGAAGAAAACCCCAAGAUCUUAUACGUCAGAUUGCCUAUUGUUGACCGUCCUAGAAGUUCAGCUCAAGGCAAAGCAUUCUAUGAGGUGAAUCGCAGUGUGUGCACCACGAUAGAGAUGAGCAAAAAGGGCAUCAAGAACUCUGUUCUCAAAUUCACUGAUGUUAUCCGCUCUGAUGGGGAGCUGUUUGGGCCACUUGGGAAAGGUUCUAGUUUCACCAUUCACUCCUAUACUUUGUCCUCCUUAGAUGGGUCAUGGGAUGAGCUUGCGGCCAUCACAUCUGAAGAGUUGUGGGCUUUAAACAGACGUAUAGGUCUGCCGCGUGAUAUCCUGAUGUUCCCUCUUGUGAGCAUGCUGGAUUCCAACAUGGCAUACUUUUUGGUCUCAGAGUCUGCCGAAGAAGAAAACAGCAAGGUUUCUCUGGUCACAAUUCAGUUAAGUACCAAGAAAGUGCUGGCAGUUGAUCCAUAUAUUUCAAGAGAAGAAGGAAGCCCCAGUGGCCCAGAUGCUGACAUGAUUGAGGAAAAGUCUCAUCUCCUAAGGAGUUUCAUUUCCUCCAGAUUCCCCACGUACUUAACACAGGAACCGUCUGCCUUAUUGAGGUCGUUGAGUGUGACUGGACAACCGACUGAAAUCAUGCGGAGGAAGAAGGUUCAUAGACCAAGGUCCAAGUGA